AAACUCUUUAUUACAGAUCAAGCUAAAAUCAAUUUUAGUAUUCCAGAAAAUGAAGUUGAUCAUAAAAACUUGCUCGAGAUAAUGUAAUUCCAACAGAAACCAAACCAUCAAUCUUUAAUAGUUUUUUGUAGACUGAUUACUAUAAAAAAGUGCUGGAAAAUGUCUGGGGGUAGGAUAAAGUAUGAACGAGUGAACCUGGCUGAGAUAGAGUCUAGCAGUGAUGAUGAUGAUUAUGGAAAACUAUUUAUGGGAGAACUAAACAGAAGAACAUCAAGACCUCAGAUGAAAAGAAAAACUGGUGUCUGCAAGAAUGGUGGAGUUAUCAGGGGUUUAUGUGUACUAUGUACUGUACUGGUUUGUUUUACAGUGCUAGGGAUCGCAUCCUACAUCGUAGACUUUACGGUUAGUACCCAGAAUGCAACUGGUUCAGUAGCUCCUGUAAACUCAAGUGAAGAAAUUAAUCCAACAACAACUCAGGAGGAAUGGACCGACAAUAACCAAUCAAUAUCCUCAAUGUCGUCUUCAGUUGAUUUAAAAUUUUCGUCAUCUUCUUCUUCAGCCACUCCCCCACCAACAUCUCUGCCAUCUGAAUCAUCUGCAUCGGCUAAUACUUCUAUUGAGUCGUCUGAUACUAGUUUCUCCUCAUCUAAACUUUCAUCUGAAUCUUCAGAUACUAGUUCAGCUUCUGUUAGGGAUCCAGGUUCCAGUUCUGCAGAUAGUUCUUUUACAUCAAGUAGUUCAUUGGCAGAUUCUACAUCCACAGUACUAGAGGAGCUAGAGAGAAUUUUGGAUGAAAUUGAUGAAACAUUUUGAAUAAUGUCCAGAAGUUGAUACUUUCGAGUGAAAUAGCGCGAUACUGCAACUCUUGAUCUCGACAUACACUCUGACAACUUUUGAAUUGGAGAGAUAAGUGCUUGGUUCCUCGAUCUUAGCUAUCCUUGCUAGGUUUUGACCACUCCCCUUAUCCCCUUUUGAGUUUCAAAAGAUAUGGAUAACUUUAUCCAUAGCGAAUAUGAAGACAAACUUUUUUACCUUAAACAUCAUGAGGCUUUUGAAAUUCAACUUAAAAUUUCAGAUGGAAAGUGAUCUUUAUCCAAUCUUCAUUUAGAUGAUAUUUUGUUACAGCCUAAAAUUAAUAAUAGAUUUAAUCAUCAUCUGUGUUAAAAGAAAAAUGAUUAUAUAUAUAAGGGGAAUUAUCUUAUUUAUCACCCGCCUUAUGCAAAGUUUUAUCACUUUUCUAUAGAUUAGCCGGGAAUUACUGUGUUAAAAAUUAAGUUUAUUAUAUUUGAUAAAUCUGGGAUUGAAUUUGAUCAAUAUGAGCUAGGUCACUACAUAUCGCCAUAUCAAAUCCAGAAUUACUAACUCACAGUUAAAGAUUCAGUGGUUCAGGAUAUGUACCGGGGGUAGGUAGUUCAGCAACCCUUUCCAAUUCAUUUCAUUUGGUCUAGGGUUUGAAGCAAACUAAACGUUUCGUGAGAAAAUGCAAAAAAUAUUCAUGCGAAAUUUCGCAUUUUUUCGUGAAAUUCCGCAUUUUUUCGCGAAAAUGAAUGGAGCGUAAAAUACGAAAAAGAAGCAAAAUUUUCACGAAAAAACAGUUCCGCGAAAACCAUAGGUAUUUAGUCUUUUUGAUGAAUUUUCGCAUUUUUUUAAUUUGGAAUUUUUUCGCAAAAAUUUAGCAUUUUUCGCUAGCAAACGAAAGGCGAAAAUUUUCGCAAACAUUUUUUUUCGCGAAAAAUUUUCUCGGAACGAUGUUCCCUUUUCGCUGCAAACCCUAGUUUGUUCCCUGGGGUCAUAAUUUUAAAUUUUCCUUUUCUCAUUUGGAAUAUUCUAAAGUAU